AUGGCGGCCGUGCAGCGCGACUUGCGGCGCGUUCGACGCGGGAACAGGCGGCUGCAGAGCGGCGACGAUGACGAGGAGGUCGUGUUCGGACUCGUCGGAAACGCGGACCCGCAGAUAGCAGGGCUGUACUUCGCGUCGGUGGCGUUGGGGUCGCCGCCGCAGCUGUUCAACGUGCAGGUGGAUACGGGCAGCGACCUGCUGUGGGUCGCGUGUCAGCCGUGCCUCAAAUGCGCCACGCGCUCGCAAGUCGCGCCGUUGAACCCGCCGUUCAACGCGUCGCAGUCCUCCUCCAAUCACCUCCUCCCGUGCGCGACGCGCGAAUGCCCGCGCUAUCACCUCUCCGACAACGUCCUGCGCGGCUGCCCGUCGCCCGCCGUCGCGGCGGCGGCCGCCGUGCCGGCCGCCACGUGCCUGUACAUGCUGCGCUACGCGGACGGCAGCGCGUCUGUAGGCAUGCUCAUGCGUGACGUGCUGCACCUGCCGUGGACCCCCAGCGAGCAACCCGUGCCAGGGGGAGAAGGAGGAGUGGCUGGGGUGGCGAGGACGAGUGGUAACCAGGUACCUGGCGAGAACGGCGAGAGUGGUAACACCGGCGAGCUCAACAUCGUGGAGCCGCGGAGGAUUGGCCAGGAAGUAGCGGCUCAAAGCGCGGCCCCCUCGAGAGGUAGCGGCGGGGCUGCUAAUAACGAGGAUGAAGCGCAGGGAAGCAGCGGGCCUGCUAAUAGCGGAGCUGAAACUCAGGGAAGCAGUGCGAAUGCGUCAGCAAGCGGCACCAAGUACCGGCCGGUCGUGACGUUCGGGUGCGGUUUCAACCAGUCCGGCAAUCUUUUAGACGGCCCGCUGACGGUCGACGGCGUGAUGGGGCUGGGCCGCGGCGCGUCGUCGCUGCUGGCGCAGCUCGGCGCGCAGCACGCGCUGCCGCACGCGUUCGCGCACUGCCUGGGCGGGCCGGAGGGCGGCGGCGCGCUGUUCCUGGGGCGCGUGUCGUCCGCGGGCGCGCUGAGCGGCGUGCGCGGCGUGUGGCAGCAGACGGCGCUAUGGGACAAACCCGACAGGUAUGCUCCUCGCGCUGACGGCCGUGCCGGCCGAGCGGGGCGUGAGGUGGGUGGGAGACUGGGGGCCGUGCGGAGCGUGCGGGGCGUGCAGGGCGUGGGAGGGGUGAGGGGCGGCACGUCGCUCACGUACCUGCCCGACCCGCUCUACCAGACGCUCACUGCUGCUCUGGUGCAAGCCAUCGACUUGCCGCUACUCGCCUUCGCGCAAACAGAGGGCCACUUCUGCUACAACCUGGGCGACGGCAGGCUCCCCUGGCCGCGCGCGCGCUACCUCUUCCCGGACCUGACUCUCACGUUCGGCACCGGGGCUCGCAUGGUGCUGCCGCCCGAAAACUACAUUCUGCUGCUCGCCACCACUGCUGGCUUCGAGGUGCCGUGCAUUGCGUGGCAGAGCGCUGGCCCGGACUCCUCCCUUGCUGUGCUGGGCGGUGAGUUCAAGUUGCCGCGUCACACGCGUUCCCGGAACAUGAUGGCGGUGAGGUUUCGAGCCCGCCUAUGGCGCAGACGCGGUAGCGGCGAGAGAAACUCCGGAGACUCCUCCGCGGAUACUCUCGCGCCCGCGAGAGCCGCCAGACUAAUAGGCGGCGAAGCAGACACGAAGCUUCGCGACGAGAAGUCCGCGGCGCGGGUGCGGUCGCUGCGCCUGUGGGGGCUGGUGCUGCUCGCGGGAGUCACCAUCGGCGCGCUUUCAUGGCUGCUCGCAACCGCCAUUGUCGAAUUCUUCGAAGUCCUCUACGCUCUCAACGACACGCUCUUAGGCGCUCACGCCGCGUCGAUCACGGCGCGCGUUCCGUUCUCCCGCGUGUUCGUCGCGUCGCUCCUCAUGGCGCUCAUCCAAGCCGCGCUCGUCGGCCUGGCGGCCGUUCUGACGGUCAACGUCGCGCCGCUCGCCAACGGCUCGGGCGUCCCCGAGAUAAAGGGAUUCCUUAACGGGAACAGCAUUCCGGGGUUCUUCGAACUGCGUACAACGGUCGUGAAGUAUCUCGUCCUCCUCGUCGAGGCCAUGGCCGGUAUAGUCACAUACGAAGCCUUCCUUUUAUUCGUCCUAAACCCGGUUACCAUCUCCUGGACGGCCAAGGAUGUAGGCCCGUUCCUUCUCAUGGGCGUGCUAGGAGGGCUACUCAGUCGACUCUACACUGAACUAUCUCUCAAGGUGCUGAGAGCGAGACGGACUGAGAUGUGGAGGCGGCGCAAGUCGGUGAAGAUUGUAGAUGCUGCUGUGAGCGCGCUGGUGGUGUCGCUGCUGUUCCAUCUCCUCCCGGCUAUGUCCCCCUGCAUCUCCCUCCCUCCUCCCAGCGCCUCCGCGCCUGCUGCUCCCCCCGCGUCUCACUCCAGUGCUGCGUCCACUGCCCACGUGUCGUUUUCAACAACUGCAUCUGCCACGCCGGUGAAGCCGAGAGCUUUUGCAUCACUGGGAGUGUUGGUCCCUCGGUACGACUGCCCUGCAGGCCACUACAACGAACUCGCCACCCUUCUCCUGCGCGGCGAGGAGGGCGCCGUGAAGCACCUAAUGGGCGACACAGAAGGCACCGCCACCACCCGAGUCUUCCCAGCAUCCGUGGUGGCUGUGUUUCUCAUCGCCUACUCCCUCCUAGCGGCGUCCAUAUCGGGCCUGGCGGUGCCGAGUGGGCAGUUCAUCCCGCAGCUGCUGUACGGGGCGGCGCUGGGCCGGCUGUACGGCAUGGCGCUGCAUGCUGCGCUGCCGGAGCAGUUCGCGCAGCCCAGCAUCUAUGCGCACGUGGGGUCUGCCGCGUGCCUGGCGGGGUAUACGCACCUCACAAUCUCCCUUGCUGUGAUGCUGAUGGAGGCAUCAGGAGACAUCAGCCUACUGCUUCCCAUCCUCUGUGGCAUAGGCGUGGCCAAGGCAGUCGCACAGUUGCUGGGGCGCAGCUAUGACGAGGUGCUCCUAUCAAUCAAGAAGAUUCCUUUCCUGCAGGACAAGCCCCACGCGCGCCAUAAGGGCCUGCUAGCGCGGCACCUCAUGGACCGCCACGUGGCACAGCUGAGGGAGAUGGAGACGCCGUCGCUCGUGCGGGCGGCGCUGAUGGGGUGCUUGUCGCCGGCGCUGAUGGUGGUGGAUGCGGAGGGCGGGCUCAAAGGGGUGGGCCGCGGCUGA